AUGACGAAAAAGAGUAAAAAGCAGGGUGCAAAGGAGUGGAACAUACAAGUAGCAGACUCAGAACAACGUUACACAUGGUUUGAUGAUGUGAAGGGCAGGUUCGAAUUUUUCAAGGCGGAAGACGAUAAGCCAUAUGAUAAGUCAGGAAAGCUUUCUUCUGUCUCCAUAAACAAAGUGCCCAUGUAUCUCAAGGGUUUAAACAGAGAUGCAUAUCUUCCUCAGGUGGUCUCUUUGGGCCUUUAUCAUCGUCGGAUAUCUCAACCACUCUCUGAAAUAGAGUUAUACAAAGUAGAAGCCGUAAACAGAUCUGUGAAAAGGCUCCCAGAAGCCCAGCAGCACGCGCGCUUUCUAAUCCAAGAAGUGCAGCAGUUACUUCCAGAAAUUACAGCAAGCUAUGAAGGAGAAACAGAAUGCGAGGAAGAAGUCCUUGCUUGGCUCUUCACUCUAGAUGGGUGUUUCAUUCUUGAGAUUCUCAGGCUUCUCAGCGAUGAAUCACAGUGGAAUCUCAAUGGUGAUUCACGAUGGAACCUGGAUCCUGUUUUUUAUAGAAACAGGGUCCGGUCUUGUCAAUUUGAUAUUUUGACUGAUCUUAUAUUGCUUGAAAAUCAGGUGCCCAUAGUCCUCCUCCUUAGACUGUUAGAGAUGGAGGACUCGUUAACAGAAGAAAUGGCGAGGACAGAGCUGCUCAGAAUGAUAUGUGAUGGUAUAAUUGCCUUAGCUCACCCUUUCUCCUAUUCUCUGCAGCCAGAAACAGGGGAGCAACCUACAGAGCACAAAGAACGCGAGGCAAAAUUGAUAGAUGCCCUCCAGUUAAAGUAUAGAAAUCUGAAGGAAUACAACCAUAUUUUGGGAUUUUUUCAUGAUUUCAUUAUGCAUGAGUCACAGGCUACCCAGGACGGAGAAAAGCCAGAGGAUGUUCAUAUUACAGUACCAGAGAGCCGUCAUCAUCUUUAUCGUGGUCGUCUGCUUCAUCGUCAUAAAACAGCUCAUGAACGUAAAAAGGAGUCUCACUAUCAUCAUCUCACUGCUUCUGCUACAGAGUUAUGGGACAGUGGAAUGAAACUUAAGUCGUACGAAGGAGUUCCAUCAGCCAUGUACCUUCGUUUCGACAAAGAGAAAAAGACUCUGUUUCUCCCUGUGAUAUGGAUAUCUGACACUACAGAGAUGAUCUUCAGGAACUUCAUGGCUAGGGACGUCUGCCAAGUAAAAAGGAACUCAGCAUAA